AUGUAUCGUGACAAGUUGCCUUUAGCGCCAGCUAAAGGUCAACGGAAAGAUCAUAUUGGUAAAAUUGAUACAGCAGCAAAAUUUCAUGGUCAAAAAUGGGGCUUUUUAAAUGGGCCAGUUGAAGACUUUGUCGAUCAUGAACCUAAUUAUCAUUCACCACGUUCCAAUCGUAAUGUAUCAAUGAUACAAAACACAGUUGAUCAACAUCACUUACCAGAACAACAAGUAAGUCCAUCUCCAGUACCAAUUCCUUCCACCACCGCUCGACAAAUUGGUUGGCGAACAGCAGAUAAACAAUGUAGUUUAGAAAAAUACGGAAAGUAUGCAAGAGGACAAGAAUCUUUGCACAAGAAAUUUAAAUGGCCAGUUGAAGGAUUCGAUUGA